GCCAAGUAAUAAGCUUCUUCAGUUUUUCUCCCUUACCCCCUUUGUAUUUCUUAAAAACACCCAGGAAAACCCCAUUCCAACUGCCCCUACCAUUUUUAUUGAUGGGUCAAAAAAUGGCAGAGCUGCUUAUGUUCUUAACAAACAACAACAUGUUAUAGAAACCUGCUUUAAAUCAGCACAGCUGGUAGAAUUGUUUGCUGCUGUUACCAUUUUUAAUAAAUAUAAAAAUAGCCCUUUCAAUUUAUAUUCAGAUAGCAAGUAUGUGGUUGGGGCCUUACAAACCUUGGAGAUGGUUCCCAUAAUUCAACCUACUACUCCUACUUUUCAAAUGUUUUCUGAUUUACAAAAGCUGAUUCGACAGAGGUCGGCACCUUUCUAUGUGGGCCACAUUCGUGCUCACACCGGUUUGCCAGGACCUCUAGCUCAAGAAAAUGAACUCGCCGAUUUGGCCACACGUUCUGUUUUAAUUUCUCAUCUAGAAUCUAGCCAGGUAGCAGCUGCGUGUGAGGCUCAUGGCCUUCAUCAUCUUAAUGCUCAGACUUUGAGACAAAGGUUCCUAAUUACCAGAGAACAGGCUAGAGAAAUUGUAAAAAACUGUAAAAACUGCCUAAUGCUUCUACCUGAACCCCAUUAUGGAGUAAACCCUAGGGGGCUCACACCUGGACAACUGUGGCAAAUGGAUAUUACCCAUGUUCCCUCUUUUGGUAACCUAAAAUUUAUACAUGUUACUAUAGACUCCUUUAGUGAGUUUAUUUGUGCCUCCGUCCAUAGUGGGGAAGCCACCAACGAUGUUAUUAAUCAUAUGUUAUAUACAUUUACAGUAUUGGGCCAGCCAAAGAGCAUAAAAACCGAUAAUGGCCCGGGGUACACCAGUAAUAAAUUUAAACAAUUUUGCUUACAACUAGGAAUCGAACAUGUUACAGGGAUACCUUAUAACCCACGAGGCCAAGGCACUGUGGGAAGAGCCAAUCAAACGCUUAAAAACACCUCACAUAAACUACGCUCACAAGAAACUUUGUUUCCUUUUAAAGGAAAUCAAAAGGCCUUACUUUCUCAUGCUCUUUUUGUUUUAAAUUUCUUGACACUGGAUGCCUUUGGAAGGUCUGCUGCUGAAAGACAUUGGCACCCAAAAACUCAACAAGGGUUUGCCCAGGCCCUUUGGAGGGAUCCCAUUACGGGAAAAUGGGAGGGGCCUGACCCAAUUAUUAUUUGGGGAAAAGGGUCUGCAUGCAUCUAUGAUUCCAGGGAAAAUGGAGCCAGAUGGCUACCCGAAAGAUUAGUUAAACCAUAUACCAACAUCAAUGAUUCAGGCAAUAAUGCCAAUAAAAAUAAUGCUAAGUAGGUCCAGGCCUACAACCUGAGACAAGAUUUCUCUUUCUUUUCAGAUCCUACCAUAAAAGAUGACCUCCCCUUUGCCUGCCCGCCUGAUCUUCUGGACCCUGCUGAUGCCAGUUGUUACCGCGACUAGCUCCCAUGUGCCUGUUAAACAGACAUGGUCAAUUGUAAACCCCAACACUGGAGAAGUCGCCAAUGCCACCUCUUCUGCGCUUUACCCACCAAAAGCCUGGUUCCCAGACUUGUUUGUAGAUCUUUGUGAUAUUGUAGGGGGAGAUUGGGACCCUUCCGAUCAGGAACCUUUCCCUGGGUAUGGUUGUGCUAGCCCAGGACAAAGACAUAGUACUAGAAACCAACAAUUUUAUGUCUGCCCUGGCCAUAGUCGAUCCAAAUCCCAACUUAAAAAAUGUGGCGGACCAGGGGACGGUUAUUGUGCUGCCUGGGGGUGUGAAAGCACUGGAUCAGUUUGGUGGUCCCCUCCCGUUAAGGACCUUAUAAAGGUUGAGGCCUGGAAUAGAAGCAUGCAGGGAACUGGCACUUGCUCCAGACACGGGGCUUGUGGGCCUUGCUAUGACUCCAAAAAAUGGCCCGGUCGACUUUGGGCAACACCGGGUGGCCGGUGUAACGGGCUAAAAAUCAGCUUCACACAACAGGCAAAGUCAAUUGACUUAACUAAGUGGAUACAAGGCCUCUCUUGGGGACUUCGCCUUUACCGAACUGGGUAUGACCCAGCUACAACUUUUACCAUUCGGCUACAAAUGGAACCCCUUUCCACAACUAUUGGGCCAAAUCUAGUUUUCGCUAAUCAACAAGACCCAAAACUUUAAGAGUCAAUGCUAAAACCCCAAAACCGCCUAAUACAGAGUUAUCUUCACCCUCCCCUUUACUAACCCCAGCAUUGCCAACCCCAGCCACUGACCAGCCCCGUACAAAGGAUAGGCUUUUUAACUUAAUACUGGGGGCUUACACAGCCCUCAAUGCCUCAGAUGCCAACAAAACCCAAAAUUG